UUCCUCAUCCCUACUCGUUGCUGCUUCUAUUUUCCCCUUUCCCAAGAACCGAACCAGAACUCCGGUUGUUGACCGCGCCGCCCGAGCUUGCUGCUGUAUCACCAUCGUCGUCGCUGCCGCCGCCGCCGCCGCCGGGUCCCCUUGUCCUGCUCACCGCUGCUCACGCCCCUCAGCUGGUCAGAAACAAUUCAAAUGGAAACCAAUGGGUUAUCUCUCAAGACUCAGGAAAUCGGGUCAAAAAGGAAGUGGGAGACUACCACAGACCUCAGCCGCCGCUUUUGCAGUAAUCAACAUGAAAAUCCAUGGAAUGAUGGUUCGCUCACUACCUCGCUAGGGAGCCAUAAAGAUUUCCGCUUUUGCAACCAACGUGAAAGUCCAUGGGAAGGCGGUAGAACAGAGCAUCAGGACAAAAUGAAUGGGAUAAUCACUUGUUUGGUUUGUGGCAAGGAAGGACAUUACAGUUGUGACUACCCUUUCAAGGAUCAGGAGCACAAAGUCAUUUGCACACUCUGUAGCAAAAAUGGCCACUGGAGCAUAUCGUGUUGCCAACAGAACAAGUCGGAGAAUCGCGCUUGCACCCGCUGUGGAGAGAUAGGGCAUAGUACUAGUACACAUGGUCUCCUCAGUUGCUCAAGCUGUGACGAAUAUCAUCCGCAUGGAGAGUGUCGAUUGAGCAAAGUUAAAUGCUUUAUUUGUGAAAGUCAGGAUCAUUAUCCUGCUCAGUGCCCCUUGAAUUGGGUAUUGAAUGCAGCGUUUCAGGAUCAAAGAGAGAACUUCCAAGCUGCUCUGUGGCUUGCACUAUCAAAACAAGUCAACACAUUAUCUAAACGGACCUGCCAUCAAGUCAGUCCAAUAGCCAGGGCAUACAACUUAAGGCCAAGGAUAUGCUUUACAUGCCGUGAAGAAGGUCAUGUUGCCUUUUACUGUCCUCAGAAAAGAAGAUCAAUAUUGCCCGACCUAUCCAAAGAAUUUGAAGAGAGCAGCACCAUAGCUAAAUCCUCCAACCUGUCCAAAGAAUUAGAAGAACGGGACCCUGGUACUGCUAGUGCUAAACAAUCAUCAAAAAUGAAACCGGCAUCGGUUCUUCGAUGUGUUAGCUGUGGUCAGGAAGGGCACAGGGCAAGGAGCUGUCCAACACGAGUGUUUAUAUGCUCCUUAUGCAAUGAAGAAGGCCACCGGGCCAGGAGCUGUCCAACACGAGUGUUUAUAUGCUCCUUAUGCAAUGAAGAAGGCCACAAAGCCAAGAAAUGCCCUCAGAAGCUCCAGAAGCGUUAAUACCAAAAGCUAUCGGUUAAGCAAACAGUGAUACACACUAUACAUGUCGUUACAUUUUUCUUACGGGUUAUCUAACCUAGCCGUUGCUUAACCAAGAAGUGGAUACACAGGUAAAAGAUGACCUUAGCACAAUGGGUAUAUGUUGUCAAAAUCAAUGUGGACGCCUCCUUCGAUGAAGAUCGUUUUACUGGCACUACUAGGGUAGUGAUCCGAGAUAACAAAGGAAGGUUCAUGGCAGCAAAAAAAUUCAAAGUAGACUCGGUGCUUGAUGGUUUGUCGACGGAAGCAUUAUAGCAAUUACAAGAAGGAUUGCUGUUUUGCUGAACCCCUGGGCUGCACCAGGAUCACCGUCAGAUAGCAUGAAUGUCAUUACGACGAUGCAAGAUGAGGUCCAUUCAGCAGGGGUUGCAGCGGCAAUCUUCAGAGAUUGUUACUUCGUCUCAAGAGAAUUUGCCAAGGUGGAAUUUGUCCAUGAAAACAGAGAACCAAAUACUGUAGCUCACAAAUUGUCGUUCUUGCCAGAAAUUCAUGAUUCUCGUACAUGUUUCAGCAAUUGGUAAGGACAAGACUCACAUGAACAUCGUGGUCACUGGCCAUGUCAACCAUCACUGGGCAUCUGAUCUACAAGCUUGGAGGUAUUGACAAGCGUGUGAUCGAGAGGUCCAAGAAGGAAGCUGCUGAGAUGAACAACAGGUCAUUCAAGUAUGCAUGGGUGUUUGACAAGCUAAAGGCUGUCCUCGAAGGAGCGAAGCUCUUCCGUGUUGUUUGUAUCCACCAGAGAUCUGUUUUUACCAACACUCUCUGAGCAAAGAAAAUUUUCUUCAGGUCAUGUAACCUCCAGAUUAUUCUAUAGCUGAUUCCUUGAGGUUAUGUAACCUUGUACAUAAUCGGCUUCCUGCACGUACCAAGGCAGUGGUGUCUGUCUAUGUCAUGGUUAGGUGCCUCCCAAAAGUCGCAAGAGCAAGCCAGGAGAAGAAGAUAGAGAACCGAGGUUAUGCAAAAUGCCAUUUGAUUAAUCAAUGUCCUUGGCAACGUGUUGCCUCCUGGUGGCGCUCACGAACAGAGACGCAAAAUCCGCAUCACAGAUGGCCGAGCUCUACUUAGAAUGGUUAUCUAUGUGUCUGUAACUGGGCACCAGCAGACAGUAAUAAGGGCGGAAAGUGGAAACUGGCCGUGUAUGAUUCGAAUUAUUAUUAUUAUCCGGCAUUCGUAUUUUGCUCACUAGCUAAUGCCAUGCGUGUGCUAUUCUACCUGGGCAAUGCUAUUUGUUGGACCAAAUGCCUAAUUGUCAACGGUAUUCUGGGCAAGGAGAACAAGGCAAGACGCAUUGGACAUCUCAAUCUCAUUUUCAUUUUUGAAGUAGACUACCUCUUGGACAGGAAAUUUAAGAGAAUGCCAAGAAAACCGAAGGCUAGCAAGACUUUCAGGAGAUUAAAAUGCAAAGAAUCGGUUAACAAGGGGAGUGAGCCUAGCUCAAACUGGUUGGGGGAGUGGAUGUACAAACCCAACACCUGGUUUUGAAUCCUCACGGAGGCGAAUUUAGGUUCCUAUUUAUUCUUGAGGACCAGGCUUUCCUGGUACUCACGCACUUAUUGAGGACUGGGCUCGGUGCGUAAUCGAGAUUAAAAAUCCUAGUACUCAUACUUAAAAGGCCGUAUGCAUCCCUAGUUGGUGCAGAGGCCGGGGAAGUGAAAUUCUUCCCCAAUAAAAAGUGGCCGCAUGCAUCGCCCAGAUACAGAGGCCGGGGAUCAUCCUCCUUUUCUAAUUUUUUUGUACAGGUAGGUAUAUAAUAGGAUGCAGGGUCUACCACUUCAGAAUAAGGUGGUAUUAAAAGCUAAAGCACAUUUGCAACUAAUUUGAUUAAGAAGUGAAAUGUAGGAAGAAGUGAGUUAGAGUAUAUAACUGAAGAUUGUCAUCACAACAAUUGUAGAUGCAGAAACAUGAGGGACUGGGUGUAUGAAUAAGCUUUUUUUGACCCUCAGUACUAAGCCCAAAUUUUGUCUUGUGAACGGUAAUACAACUCUUUUACAUC